UGAAUUGAAUUGUAUGUUGUUGAAUUUCCGUUAAACAGAUAUGUACAAAGGCAAAUUAACACGAAAAGUUAAAUUCUCAUACACUCAUACAAAGGUACAUAAAGUCAUUUCUUGCACAAAAAGCUAAAAAUUUUAUAAAAAAAAAAUAUAUUUUUUUUUGUACAGAAGCUGAAAUUCCAAAAAGUGCUGUUGUUGGAGAAGAUAUGGCCACAAACUGGGGCGCCAAAGGCGCUGGUCAAAAUAGUCUGGAUGCAAGAGCAGAUAUGCAAACUGAUUGCAGCGUACAGGAAGCUGAUAAUCCAAAAAGUGCUGAUGUUGGAGAAGAUAUGGCCACAAACUGGGGCGCCAAAGGCGCUGGUCAAAAUAGUCUGGAUGCAAGAGCAGAUAUGCAAACUGAUUGCAGCGUACAGGAAGCUGAUAAUCCAAAAAGUGCUGAUGUUGGAGAAGAUAUGGCCACAAACUGGGGCGCCAAAGGCGCUGGUCAAAAUAGUCUGGAUGCAAGAGCAGAUAUGCAAACUGAUUGCAGCGUACAGGUAGACUCAACUUUUUUAAACUCCAAUAUAACGAUGGAGUCAGCUGCUUCAGACAUGACAUACUUCCCAGAUAAAUCAUCGUCAUUUAUGGAUAGUACAUCCGUUUCUUACGAACCAACGGAACCGUUGUAUGAUGUUAGAAAAAUUACUGUCCCAAUUGCUAAGAACCAGAAAAAAUGUAAACGGCACUUUUGCAUAUUUUGUAAAACUUUGCAAACAAAAUUUGCACGCCACAUAGAACUUAAACAUAAGGUUGAACCACAAGUUAGAGAGAUCAGCAGUUUACCAAAAGGCAGCCAGCAAAGAAUAAAAUUGCUUGACGCUUUACGAAAAAAAGGCGAUUUCAUUUAUAACACUGAUGCAAAUUACAAUGAAGGGACUUUUAUAGUGCCUCGUCAAUUGAGGGAAAACUCAAAAAGAGGUGCUUUAGAUUUUGUUUGCUGCACUGGAUGUAAGGCCUAUUUUCCAAAGAUAACUAUUCGGAAUCACAUAAAAAAUUGUAGCAGUAAUAUCCAUAAAAAAGGCAACCGGGAUAUACUAAAAUCUGGACGAGGCACUACAGGCUAUAUGCAUAGUGCUGCAAAUAUUAUAUUGCGUAAUAAAAUAAUGCCUGUCCUUAAUGACGAUGUUAUCAGUAGGACAAUCAUGUAUGAUCAUCUAAUAAUAUUGUUCGGAAAUUCAGAAGCCAUGAAACACACGGAAGUACAGCACGAUAUGAUAAGGGCAAAUAUGCGUUAUCUAAGUCGCCUUUUAAUCGCGAUAAAAUCGGAAUGCCCCGACGUGAUAGAGCUGAAAGAUGUCAUUUGCCCUAAAUAUUAUGAUGCCGUGAUUUCUGGAAUUCGUUCUGUUGCUGAGUUUAAUUACGAUAAUUUGAGUUUUAUGAAGCCCACUGCAGCGACAACACUAACAUGCUUGGUCAAAAAAUGUGCGAGAAUAUUAGGAGCACAGAGUAUUAAAGAUGGCGAUGAUAGCAGGAAAAAAUUAGUGAAUGAUUUCUUAUCUCUGUGGGAAACAGAAAUAAAUUUAAACAUAAAUAAAAGAGCUGUUGAGGAUCAAACAAAAAAACAUAGAGCUGUCAAAGUAUUAAUACCUACUGUGGAGGACAUAAAAUUACUGUAUGAUUUUGUUCAUGAUUUAUCCGCUAAAGCUUUGAAUGAGCUAAACAGCAAAUUCAACGUUUUGUCAUUAACCUCGUUAAAGCAGAGCACUUUGAUCAGUUUGCUUAUUUUCAAUCGGCGCAGAGUUGGCGAACUGGAAAGGCUUACUCUUGAGAGUUACAGAACUGCUCAUUCUAUUGGGGACAUCGACGAUAGAGCUAAUUCUAAUCUGUAUAAAGACAUGUCUGCCAAAAUGAGAAACAUUUCUCAAAAUUUCACCAGGGUGAUUAUUCGUGGCAAAAAAAACCGUACAGUUCCAGUUCUUUUUACACCAUGGGAUCGUUAUUGCAUAGACAAUAUUCUGGAAUAUGGAAAACGCACAAUAAAUAAACCAACUACAUAUAUCUUUAGUGUGCCAAACCCGCGGCCACUAAGAAAAGAAUAUAUUCGUGCGUGUCCAAUACUAGAAAAAUUCGCAAAUGAAUGUGGUGCACGUUGCCCUGAAUCCCUUAGAGGCACAAACCUGCGAAAGCAAUUGGCCACACAUACCUCUUUAUCUAAUGUUAAGGACAUUCAAAUUGAUUAUUUGGCGAGCUUUAUGGGUCACCAUAAAGACAUCCAUAAAAAUUACUAUCGUGUUCCUGCCUCUGUAGCAGAGAUGACCCAAGUUUCGCAAUUACUUAUGUCAGCAAUGAACAUGGAAGAGGAAAAUGCUGAAAUUGUAGAAGCUAAUCCCGACACUGAAAUUAAUAAUUCAGAAAGCUCAAAUGAAUCAAAUGAUGAAGAGCCGCCGGAGUUUGUAUGUACGUCAGAUGACGCAAAUUAUUCGCCUCCCAAAAGAAUGGUAAAACGUCGAAGCACGUCACCGUUUGGAAAAACGCGCCGUGUACGAUGGGGCCCAGGCGAACGCAAGCAACUGGAAAACAUAUUUGGGAAUUUAGAAACAUUGGAAAAGUUGCCAUCGCUUAAAAAAUGUUCCCAAAUAAUAAAUGAGAAUCCAUGUUUUCGCGGCCGCACUUCAGCUCAACUAAAGACUUUUCUGGACAACCAGAGAAAAGCGGAGGGGAGGAAAAAAUCUUUGUAAUGUUUUAAAACAAUAAAAAUAAAAUAAAAUAAUCUUAUAACAAAAUAUAUAAAAUAUGCAUGUUUACUUUUCAUACAAGUUUAUGAUGAUCAAUAAUUUCGUUUAAUAUUGAUCCGACAGACAAAUGGAGUGACGGGCGUGUCUAAAUCGACACUAUUUCGUUAAUAAUAGAUAUAGAUUAAAUUUAUUUUACACUGCUAAAUAAGCAAAACUUCGUUAUACCACUUUCAUACAUUUUUAAUGGGUUGGCGGUAAACAAAAAAUAAAAAUCUCAAAUACUUACUCAAAUGGGAGUAAGUAAAAGUUUCCGUGUUCUAAUUCCAUAUUAAAAUGUUUGUAUAUUCGGUAAUAUGCGCUAGAGUUAUUUGAGGGACAUUGUCCCCAAUAAGGACGUCUCAUAUAGUGUUCCCGAAAUAAUCGUUACUCAUCCAAUUCAUUCCACCGUUCCCUGUCCCUAAAAAUAGCUUUAGCCAAUAAGACUUUGGACCAGGUGGCAACUCUAAAUUUUUGUCCCCAAAAUAAGCUUUCUAAUGGAUUAUGAUUAUAUAUAAUAUUUUGGCAAAGUAUUUAAAGUCAGUUUUGAAGACUCGGUCCCAGAAAUAAUCUUUACAUAUCGUGUCCCCAAAUAAAUCUCUCUAUGACCAAAGGCACAUAUUUUUUAACAGAAAGCUCCAAAAUGCCCCAUUCUCAGAGAGAUGAUUAUUUGGGGGCUUAUUAAUAGAAAAACAUAGCG